CCAGAGACCGUCGGCCGCCGGCGUCCGGCUGCCGCUAGUCGAGGAGCGGAAGCCGCUUUACUGAAGCGGGCUUGGGUGCUCCAGAGCCCGGCCGGCUGCUGAACCGCAGCUUCCGGCAGCCGCCGCAACGGCUAGGCGCGGGGCGCGGGCGCCCCGAGGACCCCGUAACCGGGCGGGCGCCCCGAACGGGCAACCCCGCCGAGGGAGGUGGCCGUGGCGGUUGCGCUCGGGCGCCCCGUGCGCCGCGCUCCAUGCCCGUGUGGUGUUGCCGCUGCUCCCUGGCCGGUCAUUUCAGAAAUUGAUGAGCAGAUCCUAAAAGUCACAUGGAAUUACAAGGAACACAGAAUAGCCAAGACAAUCUUGAAAAAAGAACAAAGUUGGAGGAUUCACACUUCCUAAUUUUACAACUUACUACAAAGAAACUGUAAUCAAGACAGUAUGACAUUGGCAUAAAGAUAAACAUAGAUCAAUGGAAUAGAAUUGAGAGUCCAGAAAUAAUUCCCUUUAUUUGUUGUCAGUUGAUUUCUGUGGGAUCCCAAGACAAAGGGAAAUAUCAGUCUUUUCAACAAAUGAUGCCAGGACAGAUGGAUAUUCACAAGCAGAAGAAUGAAGUUGGACUGCUACCUCAUACUAUAUAUAAAAGUUAACUCAAAAUGGAUGAAAGACCUAAAUUUAAGAACUAGAACUAUAAAACUCAUAGAAGAAAACAGAAACUAUAGUGACCCUGAAACUGAAGGAGAGAUUUUUAAUUCCUUAGUGCAAUAUUUUGGUGAUAAUUUGGGGCGAAAAGUUAAAGCUAUGCCAUUAGUUGAAGAAACUUCUUUACUUGAAGAUUCAUCAGUGACUUUGCCUGUGGUAGUAAUAGGAAAUGGACCCUCAGGAAUCUGCCUUUCUUAUAUGCUGUCAGGCUACAGACCAUAUUUAUCAUCAGAAGCAAUACAUCCAAACACAAUCUUACAUAGCAAAUUAGAAGAAGCGAGACAUCUUUCCAUUGUUGAUCAGGACUUAGAGUAUUUGUCUGAGGGCCUUGAGGGUCGAUCAUCCAAUCCUGUUGCAGUACUUUUCGACGCACUUCUUCAUCCAGAUGCUGACUUUGGGUAUGAUUAUCCAUCCAUUUUGCAUUGGAAAUUAGAACAGCAUCAUUAUAUCCCUCACUUAGUUCUUGGUAAAGGUCCACCUGGUGGAGCUUGGCAUAAUAUGGAAGGCUCGAUGUUGACAAUCAGCUUUGGAAAUUGGAUGGAGCUACCUGGACUUAAAUUUAAAGAUUGGGUAUCUAGCAAACGAAGGAACCUAAAAGGGGAUCGAGUUAUGCCAGAGGAAAUAGCUCGCUACUAUAAACAUUAUGUAAAAGUCAUGGGUCUUCAGAAGAAUUUCAGAGAGAAUACUUACAUUACCUCUGUAUCAAGACUCUAUAGAGAUCAAGUUGAUAAUGAUGGUCAAGACAGAGAUAUUUCAACACAGCAUUUACAGAUAGAGAAGUCAAAAUUUACCAAGAGAAACUGGGAAAUCAGGGGUUAUCAGCGAAUAGGAGAUGGUUCCCAUAUUCCUUUCUGUCUCUUUGCUGAAAAUGUAGCUCUGGCAACUGGAACAUUGGAUUCUCCUGGCCGUUUGGAAAUUGAUGGGGAAGAUUUUCCUUUUGUGUUUCAUUCAAUGCCUGAAUUUGGAGCCGCUAUAAGCAAAGGAAAGUUGUGUGGCAAAGUGGAUCCAGUGUUAAUUGUAGGUUCUGGGCUUACCGCAGCUGAUGCAGUACUGUGUGCUUACAACAAUAAUGUCCCUGUGAUUCAUGUAUUUCGCAGACGAGUAACUGAUCCAAGCUUAAUUUUCAAACAGCUUCCCAAAAAGCUUUAUCCAGAAUACCAUAAAGUCUAUCAUAUGAUGUGUACUCAGUCAUAUUCUUUAGACUCAAAUCUUUUAUCUGAUUAUACCAGUUUUCCUGAGCACCAUGUGCUUUCCUUUAAGUCGGACAUGAAAUGCAUUCUUCAAAAUAUCUCUGGAUUGAAGAAAAUAUUUAAGCUCUCUGCAGCAGUAGUGUUGAUAGGUUCUCAUCCCAAUCUGUCCUUUCUGAAGGAGCAAGGGUGUUACCUGGGCCACAACUCAAGCCAGCCAAUCACAUGUAAGGGUAAUCCUGUGGAAAUAGACGCAUAUACAUAUGAGUGUGUUAAAGAAGCCAACCUUUUUGCAUUGGGUCCUUUGGUUGGAGACAAUUUUGUUCGAUUUUUAAAGGGAGGGGCACUGGGUGUUACACGCUGUUUAGCUACAAGACAGAAGAAAAAAAAGCAGCAUUUAUUUGUUGAAAGAGGAGGAGGAGAUGGGAUAGCUUAGAGCAGGUUUACAAGUAAUUUAUAUGAACACUUUACCAUUAAAGAUUUUUAAUAGUGGUUUUACAGUGUACUGGCUUGAAUUUUCUGAACUUGAAUUAACUGGAAGAGCCUCAAGCUAUAGUAACUAUUUUUUAAAGUUACCAGAAUUUGGUGUCCUGAUUACAUUAUAAUGUAUCAAAGGUGUCAAUUGUCAGACAAAUACAAACACUGCCAAUUUUGUAUACUUUAAGUUCUCACUUAACUAAAACAUUCUUUUCUUCCAAGACUUAUUUUUUGUGAUCGUUGUUGGUUAUUUAUGUUUGAUUACAAAAUAUAACAGCAUUGAAUCUAUAAAACCACAGUCAUUAGGCCAGAGGUUUCCUUCACUUUAUAUAUUGGGUCACCUUGCUGCUCAAAGGGUGGUUCAAAGAUAGCAUCAGCUUCAUUUGUGGCUUGUUAGAAAGGUAGACUCUCAGGACCCACAACAGACUUACUGAAUCAGAAAUUGCAUCUUAAUGAGAUCCUCAAGGAAUAUGUAUGCUUAUUAAAGCUUGAGACACACUGGUCUAAAAGAAAAUGGGAUGUAAAGGUAUAGAUGCUGAGGGUGGGUGGAAAAAGAGGGCAUAUACUACUCAGGUUUUAUUUAUUUUGAAAUCAUCAAUUGUAUAAAUCUAAUUUAUUAACAAAUAUGAUGGGCUUUUAAAAUUUUUUUAUUAUUGAAACCUUGACAGGUAAUUCAUAGUUUCAGCUUCUAAUUUAAACAGUCCAAUAAUGUUGGCAUAUACUGAGACAUCCAGGGACCUGCUGAGAUAUUUUUUAGAGAUAUAUUCUCUAGUUAACUAGCAUAAUACUUAAACUAAUUUGCAGUUCAAUAAAUUUUGAAUGGAACUAUUUAUUCCUUUGUGAACACUGAGUUAAUUUCUGUCACUGAAACUUAAGAUAUUUGGGCAUAAGUACUUAUAAUAUUGCAAUACUUUUUGAGUAUUACCAGAAUUAUUAAACGUUAAAAUUGAAAAAGUUAAAACCUGUCUUUUCUAUUCUCAAGAUGAUUACUUUGAAAUUUGUUCAUUGGAGAUGACAUAGCAUUUAAUCCUUUGGUUAUUUAUUGAAUUAUAUGUUCUAUCUUGAUUUAUAUUUAGGUGUGCUUAAUGUCUUGUGUUUUCAUGCAAAUCCCCAGAAAUUUAGUAUUAGACAAGAAAAGUGUUACUUGUGAAGUUCUCCACGGCAAAUUGAAUUCCUCAAGUCUUUUUCUCUCUGUUACUCUUUUUUUUUUUUUUUUUUUGGUAAAAUUUAUUUCACCUGGAAUGUGUUUAGUCAAAGCCUAUUUCUAUUUUAUUUAUUUAUUUAUUUAUUUAUGGCUGCAUUGGGUCUUCGUUGCUGCACACAGGCUUUCUCUAAUUGCAGUGAGUGGGGGCUACUCUUCAUUGCAGUGCGUGGGCUUCUCAUUGCUGUGGCUUCUCUUGUUGCGGAGCACAGGCUCUAGGUGCACGGGCUUCAGUAGUUGCGGCUCGUGGGCUCUAGAGCGCAGGCUCAGUAGUUGUGGCACACAGGAUCAGUUGCUUUGUGGCAUGUGGGGUCUUCCCGGACCAGGAAUCAAACCCGUGUCCCGAGUAUUGGCAGGUGGAUUCUUAACAACUGUGCCACCAGGGAAGUCCCUCUUUUUUUUUUUUUUUUAGUAUUAAAAAAUGGACUAAAAGUCAGUAUUUUUCUGUUCAUGUUAUUGCAAUGUUAGGUGCUUACAGAAUCAUAAUUCACCUUAAAAUAGAAUUGUUUGGAAUAGACAUCUACAACUAGCUGUUUCAGAUGAAUUCUUACACUCUUGAAAACUGUCAUGUAUGAUUAACUUGAUUUUAGAAAUGACAUACCCAGUUUUUAUAAUGGUAACUUUUUCAAAUUAGUUUCACACCUAUUGAUAUGGUAUAACAUCCUUUCAUGCACUUGAUUGAGCACUUUCUUGUUUGUUGUUUUGAGCUCUGAAUUAGUUGGAUUGGAUGUUUUUCUUAAUGUCGAUUCUAAAUUGAAAAUGACAUUGUCAUAAAGAUGGUUUCUAGGGAAGGAUAAAAACUGUUGACAUCCCCUUGUGUCUCAAAAGUUUGCUUUUACCCGACCAAUAGCAUUUUUGCGAUGAGAGUAUUCACAUACACACACAAAAUGACUUCAAGGAAAAUAAAACUUCAGAAGGGCC